AUAAAAGGGUGAGGAGGGAGGAAUUUGAUACCAAAAAUGGCAGAUGGUGCUGUCAACUUCUUACUUGGAAAGCUAUCCACCAUCCUACAGCAAACAGUACUGCAAAAAGCAUCAUUACUAUCAGAUGCUCACAAUGAAAUCGAGGAAAUAAAGCUUGUGCUUGAAAGCAUGAGCGCCUUCAUAAGAGACGCAGAUCGAAGAAAGGAAACAGAUCUAUCAGUAAAAACAUGGGUGAGACAAGUCCGAGACAUUUCACAUAAAAUCGAGGAUAUUGUGGAUGAGUACAUGCAUUACAAAGACACCGGCCAACAAACUGGAAAAGGAUUCAAAAAUUUUGUCCAGGAUGUUGUCAACCUCCCGAGGAAUGUAACUGCGAGUUACCAACUCUCUUUGAAGCUACAAGAGAUCAAAAUAAAGAUUCAAAAGAUCUCAGAGCGAAGCAAGGAUUAUUGUUUUGAUAGGAUCAAUGAGGGACGAAGCAGAAACACGUCGAUUGACUGGAGGCAUCAUCAUGGAGAAUCAUCGAGUUUUAUUGACGAAAAAGAGAUAGUAGGAAUGGAUGAAAGUGAAGAAAAAUUGUUAGAAUGGUUAACCGAAGACGAGGUUCGCCGGACCAUUAUCUCAAUUGUGGGAAUGGGCGGAUUAGGUAAGACGACUCUGGUCACAAAAGUUUACAACGACCAGAUCAUAAAGCGGUACUUCGAUUGUUGGGCAUGGAUAUCAGUCUCCCAAACAUAUGGAGUUGAAGAAUUACUAAGAAGCAUGGUCAGAGAACUCCUCAAGACAGCACAAGCAACAAGUCCCAGAAACUUCGGAUCGAUGAACUAUAGGCAGCUUGCAGAGAUGCUCAUUGAUGUUUUACACGAUAAAAGGUAUGUCGUUGUUUUAGACGAUGUAUGGGGCAUAGAACUUUGGAGUAGAAUAAGAUGUGCAUUUCCUGAUAAUAACUGUGGCAGCAGAAUUAUUUUCACAACAAGAAAUGAGAAUGUAGCAACCUCUGUGGGUCCUGGAAGUCGUGUCCAUCGCCUCGAGCCUCUCAGAGAGAACGAUGCUUGGGUUCUCUUCUGUAAUAAGGUAUUUUGGAAUUACCCGGAUCACAGCUGCCCCAAAGAGCUCGAGAAAUCAGCUCAGACCAUUAUGAAGAAAUGUGAAGGACUACCUCUCGCAAUCGUGGCAAUUGGGGGGCUCAUGUGUUCGAGAAACAAGACAGUUGUAGAAUGGAAGAAAGUCUAUGAUAGUCUCAAUUGGCAAUUAAGCAAUAAUCCCGUGCUUGGACGGGUUAAGGGUAUGUUGUUGUUGAGUUUCAAUGAUCUACCUUUCUAUCUAAAGCAUUGUUUCUUGUAUUGCUGUGUUUUUCGUGACGGGUACCCAAUCAAGAGAAAGAAACUGAUUCGGCUUUGGGUCGCAGAAGGAUUUGUCAUAGAAAGAAAAGGGCUUACAAUUGAGGAGGUAGCAGAAGAGUACCUUACGGAACUUAUCUUACGAAGCAUGAUUCAAGUCACUGAGACUAAUGACUGUGGGAGAGUGAAGACGUGUAAGGUGCACGAUGUUAUGCGCGAACUGGCAGUGACAACAUCGGAAGAAGAAAAUUUCUGCACAGCAUACAAUGGCCAAGAAUCAAGGGCAGAAGGAAAAUUCUUGCGGCUAUCAGUCUACAACAGAGGUGGAAACAUCCAACUAAGCAAGAACAUGUCGCGUCAUCUCCGAUCUUUCUUUGUCUUUGAGACAGAUACAUGCACUUCAUUCUCCUUGAAUGUAGUAUCAUCAAAUUUCAAGUUCUUAAAGGUCCUCGAUGUAGAAGGAGUCUCUAUUGAAAUAAUACCCGGGUCAUUAAUCAAUCUAUUCAAUUUGAGUCAUUUGAACUUAAGGGACACCAAGGUUAGGGAACUUCCAAAAUCAAUGGAAAGGCUACAUAACCUACAAACACUGGAUGUAAGGAAUACCAAUGUGACGAGGCUACCAAGCAGAAUAUCAAAGCUACUAAAACUACGACACCUUUUUUUGGGCCACAAAACUGAUCAAAAUUCUGAAAAUUCCAACUUUCCUCAUGGCAUGAAAGCUCCUGCAGGAAUUUGGAAUGCACGAAGUUUACAAACUCUAUCGUGUAUUGAAGCAGAGGAAGAGUUAAUCACACAAGUUGGGAAUUUGUUAGAGCUGAAGAGGUUGGAUAUUACAGAGUUGCGAGGAGUUCAUGGGCCAAAGCUUUGCUCUUCCAUUCAAAAGUUGACAAGUCUCCGUUGUUUAGGUGUGAAGGCCAGUGCUGAGGAAGAACUCAAAUUGGAAGCCUUAAGUCUACCCCCAUUUUUUCUUCAGAAACUGACAUUGGUUGGGCAGUUGAAAAACUUACCCCAUUGGAUUGGAUCUCUAGCAAACCUAACUCAUUUGUGCUUGGAUUCAUCUCGGCUAGAACAAGAUGUAAUCUCUUGUCUCCAUACACUAUCAACUCUUGUGUUUCUUGAACUCAAGAAAGCAUAUGGAGGGAGUUUUCUAUACUUCAGAGCAGGAUGGUUUCCUAAACUGAACAAGCUGAAUUUAGAAGAGCUAGUGCGCUUAGAUAGCGUGAGAAUAGAGGAUGGUGCAUUGCCAAGCAUCAAGGAGAUGGGUUUAAUUCGUUGUUGGGAAUUGAAGUCUUUGCCACAAGGCAUUGAACAUCUUAGAAGCCUCCGAAAGUUACACUUGGAGGAAAUGCCGGAAGAACUUCUACAAUGGUUGGAAAGUGAUACAAGUGAGGUUCAAGCAAAGGUACAGCACAUAUCCACAAUCAAUCAUGUAUUAGUAACAGAACAUAGUCGAGUAUUUGAAACACUUCGCUAAACAAAGGUUUAAGGAGGUCAACUUCAGUAGUCCUCAGAACAGAGGUGAGCUUUUCAGCAUUAAUGCUAUUUCUCAAUUCAUGUUAAUCAAAUGGAUAAUAGAUGACUGAUAAAGAUCGGAAAAACUUCUGAAACUGUUAAGCACCACCUGUUGAGGUCAAUUGGAUUCUGAAAAAGUACUAGUCAAUAACCACUUGACCGCGGAUUUGGGAAUAAAGGUAUUUCUGGUAUAUUCACACGUGUGACCUGUUGCCCUAAUUUUCUAAGUAUUUAUAGCUGAGGAGAGGUAGCUAUCUCUAUAUGCUCUUAUAACUUUUCUGAUCAUAAUGAAAACCGUAGCCCUAGCUUGGAAUGAAAGACAUAAAUCAUGUGUUCUUUGUGUGCGUGUGAUUUAUCUUUCCUGUGUUUAUUCCUUUGUGUUUCGUGUUUCACCCAUCUUGGUUAGGUGUUACUAAGUCCUAACACGCCCUCCCCACCACCUGUUGAUUGUUGGCUCAGUAUUCUCCAUAGAAGUCAAAAAUGGCUGCCAAGUGAAGAAAAAGAAGUGAGCUGCAGAUUUGGGCUGAAGAUUCAGCCGAGCUAUCCUGUUGUAGGGUGGUUGCGUAGAGUGGUUGCCAUCAAUUCUGUUGCUGGCUUGUUGCUGGGUUGGCUCUACCAUUUGUGUAUAAAUGGAGAGCAUCAGAAUGCAGAAAAGAGAGAAGAGCAAGAAGAGAAAGCAAAGAUGUUGAGAGAGCGAGAGAUGUGAGGCUGAGAGUUGAGUUGAGAGAGAGUGUUGCCUCCUCCUCCUCUAGAUCACAAUCUCUUCAUUGUUUGUAUUGUUUUGUAAUCUCUCGAAAUAUGGUGAAAUCUUGCGGCUCCGUGGACGUAGGUGCAUUGUCAAAUCACGUAAAUCUUGUGUGUCUCCAUUGUGUGAGAUUGAUGGUGUGCAUUUCUGCCCCUGGGCACAACACCACCAACACGCACACAAACACAUACAGACACACAAAAGAAGCAAAUGCUGCUCUUAUGAAAUCAUCAGAAACAUAAAAUAGAACAAAUAAUUUAGCUAAUACUUUUAGAGUAUUAACAAUAUCCUUUUGAUUGUCAAUGGGACAACAAGAGAGGGUAGAAAUUUUGGAAUUUUACAACUAUACGGAUUUGGAAAGGUUGUUUUGUUAGAUUACAAAUUUUGUUUUCUUUUCUUUUGUCUACUAAGUAGUUAAAUAGAUCAUUUAACCAAUAGCUCUAUUACAGUUGUAACAAUUCAGUACUUUUCAAACCGGUUGGCCAUUCGUAUGUGAACACCCAAAUCAUAAAAUUCACUUUUGAAACUAAAUUGAGAUCACACAAACCAAAACUUUUUCGCCCACAAUGAGAUGCACCAAUUGAAGGGUGAAAACCCAAAACUGAGAAUCCAAUAAAAAUGGUAUAUUCAUGAUAAUCAUUAGGAGUGAACAGAAUAGAGGAAUACCAGAU